AGUUACCGUUCUUUAAAAUGAAAACAGGUGGCGGCUAAUAUCGACCUUAUGGUUUCAUUUCCGGUUCACCGAUUGACAUCACCAGAAAAUAGACAAAUCCUGUUCGAAGAUGUCUUACGCAUAUUUGUUCAAAUAUAUCAUCAUAGGAGAUACAGGUGUAGGGAAGUCCUGUCUGUUGCUACAGUUCACAGAUAAAAGAUUUCAGCCAGUGCAUGACUUAACUAUAGGAGUAGAGUUUGGUGCUCGUAUGAUCUCUAUAGAUGGUAAACAAAUCAAACUACAGAUAUGGGACACUGCUGGUCAAGAAUCUUUUCGAUCCAUUACAAGGUCAUACUACAGAGGGGCAGCGGGGGCAUUAUUGGUAUAUGACAUCACAAGACGUGACACAUUCAAUCACCUGACCACAUGGCUGGAGGACGCCAGACAACAUUCCAACUCGAAUAUGGUUAUCAUGUUGAUCGGUAACAAAAGUGAUCUGGAGGCUAGACGAGAUGUUAAGAAGGAAGAAGGAGAAGCAUUUGCAAGAGAACAUGGUCUUAUUUUUAUGGAAACUUCAGCUAAAACUGCAGCAAAUGUUGAAGAGGCUUUUAUAAACACAGCAAAAGAGAUCUACCAGAAGAUACAAGAUGGAGUUUUUGAUAUUAAUAAUGAGGCAAAUGGUAUUAAGAUUGGACCACAGCACUCGCCCAGUAAUCCCAGCAUGCCAUCUGGUGGUGGUGGAGCAGGACAAAGUGGUGGUUGUUGCUAAGCAUCUUGUGCAUUUUCGUUCCAUUUUAUUUUGUAGCAAACCUCAUAAUGUACUGUGGUAAAAUGGUCACAAGGAUAUAAGUGAAGACUAUUAAUUGAGAAAAAACAGUGUUAAGAGUUUUAGAUAUGUUUUAUCAAUACUGGAGGAAAAAAUACUUUUGAAGAUUUGAGGGACACAUUAAAAGACUCUAAAGGGUUUUAGAUCUGUGUCUCAUGAUUGAAAGAACAAAUUCGUGUAUUCAGUCUUCAUUAAUGUGACCAGUCUUUCGAAGAAAGCACUGUGUUCUGUUCCCAAAGCGUGUUUGGGCUCCUUAAAUGUCUAUUGAAAUUCUGCUGUUUGAUUAAAAAACGAACUACAAAUAAAAGAUAUUUUUCCACAGUUCCAUACUUUGGUGAACUCUGAUAAAUCCAUUUUGGAUUACAUAUAUAUACAGGCUUCUACUUUUCUUGAGAGAAAUGUCAGGGUUGUGCGUAGAUGUAGCUCUCUUUGAUGUAUAAAUAGUGAUCUGUUGAGCAGUUUUUGCAGUAUUUCGGUCUGGAUAAAGCAAUUUUUAAGUGUUUGAAAUAUUCUUUGACCUGAGUGUAUUGAGCAGUUUUGAUUAAAAUCUUAAAAUUUAUAAGAUAGGGAGCUAAUAUAUAAACUACUAUUUCUUGAGUCUAGGCAAUGCUUCAGAAUGCCUUGUCACCUUCAACAUAAAGUCAUAUUUUCGUACAAUAUCCAUGUUUCGUUUAAAAUAUUGCUGAACUUACGAAAUGAGAUUCAUGUAAAGUAUGAAAAGUACCUGUUACUUCAUCUAAAAAUUUCAGUUUUUGUUUGGUUUUGACAUAUACUUGAAAAUUGUUCAUAUGUUGUGUAACAUUACUUAUUGAAGAGCGAAUUAUGAAAAUUUGAUACAGGCAUUUGUUUACAUUUGAUGCCUGUGAAAUAUUAUUGGGGAAGAACUAUUCUUGAUUAUUAUAAAGAACUGUCUGGUGAAAUUAGUUGUCUGUUAAGAAUUAAAAGUAAGCUUAAGGACGUAUGCUAGAAUUUGGUGCGAAAAUUUUCCCAAUAACAGAAUUUCUUCAAACUUUGGAUAUUGAAGGACAAUCAUCUAAGAAACAAAAAAAUGCAAUAAAAAUCAUAGGUCACCGGUAUCGAAAAAGAGUUAUCUGCCCUUGAAAACGGUAUUUCCCCCAAAAAUGACGUUUUCAAGGGCAGAUAACUCUUUUUCGAAUCCGGUGACCUAUGAUUUUUAUUGCCUUUUUUAGCUCAUCUGAUUUUUGGAAAAAAAAUGAUGAGUUAUUGUCAUCACUUGAGCGGUUGUCGGCGUCGGCGUCAGCGUCGGCGUUGCCUGGUUAAGUUUUAUGUUUAGGUCAGCUUUUCUCCUAAACUAUCAAAGCUAUUGCUUUGAAACUUGGAAUACUUGUUCACCAUCAUAAGCUGACCCUGUAUAGCAAGAAACAUAACUCCAUCUUACUUUUUGCAAGAUUUAUGGCCCCUUUUGUACUUAGAAAAUAUCAGAUUUCUUGGUUAAGUUUUAUGUUUAGGUCAACUUUUCUCCUAAACUAUCAAAGCUAUUGCUUUGAAACUUGGAAUACUUGUUCACCAUCAUAAGCAGACCCUGUACAUCAAGAAACAUAACUCCAUCUUGCUUUUUGCAAGAUUUAUUGCCCCUUUUGGACUUAGAAAAUCAGUUUUCUUGGUUAAGUUUUAUGUUUAGGUCAGCUUUUAUCCUAAACUAUCAAAGCUAUUGCUUUAAAACUUGCAACACUUGUUCACCAUCAUAAGUUGACCCUGUACAGCAAGAAACAUAACUCCAUCCUGCUUUUUGCAAGAUUUAUGGCCCCUUUUGGACUUAGAAAAUAUCAGAUUUCUUGGUUAAGUUUUAUGUUUAGGUCAACUUUUUCUCUUAAACUAUCAAAGCUAUUGCUUUGAAACUUGCAUCACUGGUUGACCAUCAUAAGCUGACCCUGUACAGCAAGCAACAUAACUCCAUCCUGCUUUUUGCAAUAAUUAUUGCCCCUUUUGGACUUAGAAAAUAAUUUUCUUGGUUGAGUAUUAUGUUUAAGUCAACUUUUCUCAUAAACUAUCAAAGCUAUUGCUUUAAAACUUGCAACAGUUUUUCACCAUCAUAAGUGGACACUGAACAUCAAGAAACGUAACUCUAUCCUGCUUUUUGCAAGAAUGAUGGCCCUUUUUAGACUUAGAAAAUCAUGGGUAGGACAAUAUUUCUAUUACACAAAAAAAAAUCAGAUGAGCGUCAGCACCCGCAAGGCGGUGCUCUUGUUUGUUUCUUAGAAGAUUGUCCUUCAAUAUCCAAAGUUUAAAGAAAUUCUGUUAUUGGGAAAAUUUUAGCCCAUCUCAUAUACAGGGAAUUCUAGCGUACGCCUUUAAAAACAUAAGCAGUAAACAGCGAAAGAUCACAAAGGAGAAUGUACUAUAUAACAGGUCUAGUUUGUACAUAUUGCUUUAACAUGCUUUAAGUAUCUUGUGCCAAGUAAGAACUUUACAUACAGUUAAUUACCAGCCUUAUUAUAGUAUAUUUAGUCACAAAGCAACUUAGUGGCCACAUUUGGAGUAUAGGUCUGAAAAACAUUUUAUUACAGGUAUAAAAGAUCACAAAAUUGUGUUUCUUUGAGAAUGAUAAAUUCUUUGAUAAUUUAUUAAACAAGUCCAUUUGUUUUUUCAUUCUGACUGGGUUGAACUUUUAAUUCUUGCUCAUGUUUAGUAUUGUUGUGUUUCUAAAUUUUUAGGUCAAUUUCACUGUACAAGUUAUUUUUACAUAAUGGCAUGUUUUAUACCUCUCAAUAGAGAAGUCGGAUUCUUUUCAGAAAACUAAGAAUAGGAGUAAUUUUAAGAUACAUGUACUAUUUCAUUGUAUAACAACUUGGUAAGGAGUUUAGUUUAGGUUUAACAAUUUGCUAAUGAGUUAAGUUUAGGUUUAACAACUUGCUGAGUUAAGUUUAGGUUUAACAACUCGCUAAUGAGUUAAGUUUAGGUAUUUGAUUGAACAGACUCUCUUGUACAGAUUGCAUAAGAAAGUUUAAAAAAAUGGUGAAUUUCCAGUUCAGACAUGGUCCAGCUGUAUUGGAUCAUUUUCUCAUUAUAAUUUGUGGUUUUGUAUUGCUUAAAAGGCAUCUAACCACUUCUUGACCUGCUUUAAGUUAUUGAUGUUUUGUGAUAUAUUAUCUGUAACAAAAUUUUCCAAGAAUUCCAGAAUGGAGUUUGUAUGUUAUUCAUAUUUCGGCAUUUUCUUAUUUUAUGUUGUAUUUAUGUGGAUGUUGUAAAUUUUGCGUAACUGUUGGUGAUGAAUUACAUAAUUUGUUGUUUUGUUUUUUAUGAAUGAGAUCACAAGAAGUCUUUUUGCCCUAAAACAUGGUUAAUGUUGUUUAUUUAUUAUAACUGCUUAAAAGAUUUCUCAUUCAAAAUAUAAAAUGGUAUUUGUUUAAGCGGAAAAAAUCCACAUCAGAUAGUUUCAUUUGGAUAAAUAUGUAAACUAAGUGUGUAGGUAAAGCUGCAUCAUUGACAUCUAUUUGUUAAAAAUCAUCUUAGUUUUUAGUGGGAUUAAAUGUAAACACUAUGUGUGCUAUUACUUUUUAUAGUGUGUUGUAUUUUAAACCUUACACGCAAUAAUGUUUAUCAACACAAACAUGUUUAUUGUAUUUUUACAGGAGAACUGAUAAGUUAAUAACUGAUGAGGGAAUUUUGCCAUAGUAUAUCUUAAAAUUACCUGCUUUUCUUAGAGUGUGAAGAAAUUAAGUUGUGAUAUUUUCUUGGAAAUUUAAAAGCCAUUCGUAGCUUAAAUUCGACAGGUGCAGAUUUGGUUCAAUUAUUCUAUUUUGUACAAGUAUAAACCAAUUACUUUCCAUUAACUAUUGACUUACAGCUGAGCAUAUAUGACAUAUAGCACAGCCUGCUUGAUUACAUGUUAUUGUUAGAGAUUAUUUAGUGUUUUAUUUACUUGUUUAUUUUAUGUAUACAAUAGAUAUAACCCAUGUGCAAUUUUAUUAAUAGCCGUUCUCUAGAAGUGUGUAUGACUGUUGUAAGAAAUAUGUUGUGAAAGUAACAAAUGCUACAUUCAAUUUAAUCCUCGAUACCAUUAUACAAAGGUGAUUGCAGGUGACUACUUAUAACAAAUAAUGCAUGGUACUAAAUUCCAUAUAUAAAUUUGCUAGAAAUGAAUAUUAACUAUAAUAUUAUUGUAUGGACCAGAUAAUAUUAUGCUGAAUAGUAACUGAAAUAUACAGAUAAAAGAUUAGUCAAACUUAGAGCCCUUGUGACAACCUGCUUAGCUUUACAUUACUCAGUGAAAUGUAGUACAGUUGUAUAUUUUAAAAAGAGUGAACAAAAUAAAAGGUUUGUGCAUUGUUAAUUUAUAUAAAAAAGAAAUGAUAAAAAUGGCCUAGGAUGUAUUACGCUGCGGAUAAGUACAGUUCUGUUUAGAAAUAAAUUCACAGCAGUGAAAUAAUUUUCUUUUUAAUUUGCACCAGCCUUAACUUAAAAACAACAACAACACUAUUUAUAGUCACUUAUAUAUGCACUUUAUGUUGUUGCCUUUGUAUUUUGGUAUUUUAUUUUAUUAUACUCUUCAAAAAGGAAGACACAACUGUUUGUAACAUAUAGAUUUCCAACUUCUAAGUUAAUAAUAAUUAGUCUUAAAAUAUGUACCCAAUUUCUCUUUGAAAUCUUGUGUGGUAAAGGUUUUUUUUUUGUUUUAGAAAAAAUAAACAAAAAACAACACAACAUGAUCAUUGAAAUAAAACACAUAAUUUACCUUGAGAGAUAAAUGUGUAUGUUGUUUGGCAUGUAAAAGUAAAAAACCUACUUAUUUUGUUUGAACAUAAAGAACAACUGUUUACCUAAUUUUUAACAAUUGUGUUAAUGAAAACAUUCAGCAAAUGUAACAUUUCAGACAUGAUCUAUUGUCAGAUUGAUAGAUUUCAACUUGGGGAAACAUCAAUAACUCUUUAUGUUGUUGUUAAAAUUGUUUGGUAGUUUUUCCCUACCUACAGCAUGCAUUUGCUACAGUCAGUUAACUUGAAAGUUGUACGAAUGUUACGUAUUUUAUUUGCACAUAGAGAAACUUACAGUGUCAAUUAUAAAUGCUAUGUCUAUUAUUGAAUAAAAGGGAUCAGCAACA